CAACGCUGCUCAGAUGUUGUCUGUGGUUGAAAACCGCAGCUUGGUUUUCUGUGGAACGGAUGAGUUUUUUCUCUUUUAAUCAAAGUGCAACAUUUCAUCACCAUCAAACUGCCACCCCCUCUCAAACCACACUCUCACACCCCUCUUAUCAGCUUAUAAGACCAGUGCUGAAGUGAUAUCUGCAUUAAUACGGUCCUGUUCACAUCGUGAUCAUCAUCAGCAGCCAUGGUCUCUCGUUCUCUCCUGCUGGUUCUGCUGGUUCUCGGCUGCCUUCAGUCCUUCACAGCGGCUCAUAAUGGAAAUGGACCAGUUAAAUGCUGUUUCAGUUACCAGACACAACCGAUCCCUGUAAAUGUCAUUACAGCGUAUAAAGUAACAGAACGUCAGUGUACAAAUCCUGGAGUCAUUUUGAUUCUAGACGACAGCCGUCGUACGUGUGCAAACCCCAAGGAUAAGUGGGUUCAGGACACCAUCAAAACAAUCGAUCAGCGAGCCUGACCUCAACCGAGCUGUUAAAUCCUCUCUCCAUUAAUAAGCAAUUCAUAUUUCUUUCACAAAAUGUUUUUUUUGAAAAACAAUAUCGCAUAAUUUUUAUAUAAAGGUUCCAGUGUUUGGAUGGAAAGAAUAAAGCUUUUAUUUGACUAUUAGGCAUUUUAUUUGAUUUUUAAAAUAUAUAUUCAAGUCACAUUUUUAAAUUGUAUAAGAAAACUAAAUUGUUUGCGUUUAAAGGCAAUAAAAUGUUUGUCAUACGUCUUUUCAACAUUUUCCAAUAAAUAAGCAAAUGAAUAAAUGUGUUUUGUUGCCCAGUA